GUUUAGUAUAAUCGUGUAUCUAUUCGUUGUUCCACGAAGCACAAGAUGUUGCUGGUUACAAAUCUUGUUAUGUUUUUAUUUAUAUACUUUGUUGCGCCGUCGCAACCUCAAGUGGAAGAUAAUUCAACUGAUUUGUCUGAGACACGAGUCUUAUCGAGGAUGAAACGGUUUAUUAUAUUUCCGGAGGGAAGCUCUUUACAAUUAGUAUUUUGCCUAACAUACCCAGCCAUUUCCCACAUAAGUGAUAUUCUACUCUGGGGCAACACGGCUGCCUUAGCGUAUGAGCUGCCCCAAGAUCCAUACUCUCCUUUCAACCACAAAGCUGACCCACUUCAUAGAAGAAUGGAUUCUAAAGCCAUAUAUUACACUGAUGAAGACGGCAAAAUUCUUUAUAAGCAGCCCUACAAGAGGAGACCCAUAGUGAAUCCGGCAUUCGCAAGGCGAAGCGUUAACUCAAAAAAGUUUAAUAUUGACAGGGGACAGAUGCAUGCGUCGAGGAAACGUCCCGACUUCGGUGAUAUGAAUGAAAAUCAUGUUGAAUUUCAUAGAAGUAGUCGAACUGGGUUGUAUGAAAAGAUUGAAACAAUAAUACAAGGACUCGGCAGUAAUGGGAGGCAAUGUUUGUUGAGAACACUAUGUAUAAUCGGUCGGACGAGCCAUUAUCCGCAGGGCGCUUUCCUACAAGAAAUAUUGCGGGCGGUUUUCACAUUGCCCAAAGGAAACAUAGACGAUUUCUAUGAAGAAUACGACGGAGCGCAAGCAUCGACAGAACCUUGUGAAACUUUGUACCCAGAAUGUCCAAGCACAGAGCCGACUUUUGUGUCUCCAUAAUCUUCAACUCAACUUACCACGAAAUAUACUACAUAAUUAAGAAUAACACAAGCCCUUUUGAACACAAACUCAAUAUAUUGCUAUGUCUAUAUAUAAACUA